AUGGAUACAAGAAAAAGUUGGUGGUGUUCAAGGAGCCGUUUUAAACGUGGUGGUCGUGUUGUAGCUGUUGCUUUACCAAACGGUAAAAUGGCUGUACCAAUUGUUGAUUGUGUUCUUGGUGGUAUUGAAUUAGUUGGUUCAAUUGUUGGUACACGUAAAGAUUUACAAGAAUGUUUAGAUAUAGCUAAACUUCAUAAAAUUGAAUGUAAAGUACAAAAACGAAAAUUAGAAGAGAUCAAUGAUAUUUUCGAAGAUAUGCUCAAUUAUAGAAUUAGUGGUAGAAUAGUUCUUGAUUUUACUACUCAAUAA